ACACAGUCACCUCCAAACAUCUCUCCUGCUGACAUACAUUCCAGCACAACCACCCCACCCCACCAAUCCAGCCUGACAUACACAGCACUUAACGUGAGAAGUGAGCUCAGGAAGAUAAAGACUAGGAAGGCAGCAGAUGAGUUGUGUGAUGUGACCGGGUAAAUCUUUAAUCUCAGCUUGAGGUUAGGGAAAGUCCCACAGCUUUUGAAGACAUCCUGCGUGGUACCGGUGCCAAAGAGCCCACACCCAAAAGACCUCAACAGCUACAGGCCGGUUGCAUUGACAUCUCACCUGAUGAAGACCUUGGAGAGACUGCUUCUUGCCCACCUCCGCCCCCUGGUGAGUCCAUGUAUGGACCCACUUCACUUUGCCUACCAACCUGGCAUUGGAGUGGAGGAUGCCAUCAUCCACCUCUACACAACUCUUCUACACAGCUCUCUUUCUCACCUGGAGAAUACUGGGAGCACAGUGAGAAUCAUGUUUUUUGAUUUCUCAAGUGCUUUCAACACCAUCCAGCCCAUGAUACUGAAGGACAAGCUGGAGUACACGGGUCUGGACCACUACCUCAUCACCUGGAUCCUGGAUUACCUCACAAAACGACCACAGUAUGUGAGGACCCAGGGCUGUCAGUCAGACAAGGUUGUCUGCAGCACGGGGGCUCCACAAGGAACAGUCCUUGCCCCCUUCCUUUUCACCCUCUACACUGCUAACUUCCGGUACAGCUCUGCCAGUUGUCACCUGCAGAAGUUCUUGGAUGACUCUGCUAUCGUCGAUCUCAUCAAGGAUGGAGAUGAUGGGGAGUACAGAGAACUGACUCAGAACUUUAUGGAAUGGUACCAGAGGAACUGUCUGCAGAUCAACACAGGAAAAACAAAAGAACUCGUGGUGGACUUCUGCAGGUCCAAACACUCCUUCUGUGCCAGUGAACAUUCAGGGAAUGGACAUUGAAAUUGUGAGGUCCUACAAGUACCUGGG